GUCAUUUUCUUUUCAUCUGUGUAACUGUGUAGCCUCUAGGUGUAGAUCUAGACUCUAACCAAGUCCGGCUUCUAAGGUCUUCUUCAUUUCUGUUUAGCUACUGUUUACUUUGAAUAUCAAUAUGUCGGAAGCCAAGAAGCAAGUUCGAUCAUCUCUUGAUCAGUUGAAAGAUGUAACUGUAGUUGUUGCAGAUACUGGAGAUUUUGCAGCUAUGGAGAAAUUCAAGCCGACCGAUGCCACUACCAACCCUUCACUAAUUUUUGCUGCAGCCAACAUGCCAGCUUACCAGAAAUUGAUUGAUGAAGCUGUUAGCUAUGCAAAAUCCUUAGGAGGGAAAGAACCACAACAGUUAAUCAAUGCUAUGGAUAAAGUUUGUGUGAAUUUUGGAGUGGAAAUUCUUAAAAUUAUUCCCGGAAGAGUUUCUACCGAAGUAGAUGCACGAUUAUCCUUUGAUACAGAAGCCAUGGUUGAAAAAGCUCAAAAACUAAUCAAACUUUAUGAAGAUGCUGGGAUUGAUAAAGAGAGAAUCUUAAUUAAACUGGCAUCAACUUGGGAAGGAGUUCAGGCUGCAAGAAUCCUUGAAGCUCAGUUUGGAAUCCAUUGUAAUAUGACUCUAAUAUUCAACUUCUAUCAAGCUGUAGCAUGUGCUGAUGCAGGAGCUACUUUAAUUUCUCCAUUUGUUGGGAGAAUUUUGGACUGGUAUGUCAGUAAUACAGACACAAAGUCUUAUGAACCACUGGAAGAUCCAGGUGUAAAAAGUGUAACAAAGAUAUACAACUAUUAUAAAAAAUUUGGCCUGAAGACUGUAGUUAUGGGUGCAUCCUUCAGGAACACUGGGGAGAUCUUGGGCCUUGCAGGUUGUGACUUGCUCACAAUUUCUCCAGCACUCCUUGAUAAAUUAUCUCAGUCUGUAGAAACUGUUGAGACAUAUCUUGAUGCAGAGAAAGCUAAGAGUUUGGAUAUUUCCAAAGUGACAGUGACAGAGCCAGUGUUUAGAUGGCAGAUGAAUGAGGACCAGAUGGCCACUGACAAAUUAAGUGAUGGCAUUAGGAAAUUCGCUGCUGAUGCACUUAAAUUGGAAAACAUCCUUAGAGAAAAACUUGCCCAGUGAUGUUGUUAUUCAGACAUCUAGAUGUUUUCUAUUUACUUUAUAAUUUUAUUUUUUUUUAAAUUCUUAACAUUUUUAUUGGCAUUUAAUUUCUAUAAAUGAUCUUUUGAAACACAUUACUUUGUGGGAUCAACCAGAAACAAAUUAUUGAUAAACAUAAAGUAACAAGUGUGUGUGAUCUGACUGUUUUUAAUGCAGGGUUUAUUCUAGACGACUUUGCUGUUUGUAUGAAUAAUGUUUUGUGAUUGAAAGAUUUGAAGGUCAUUUUCUUGUUUUACAACAAAAGACAUUAAGUUUUUAUUUUUAAAAUGUUCCAAUUAGCUAGGAAGCUAUAGAACUUGCUUUAGUAGUUUAACUAUACAGACCUAAACAAUUUGUAUAGUAGACAGCUGCAAUAUUGAAUGCUAAGUAGAUUUUAAGUGUCAUUGUUCAAAAGUAUGUUGUUUGUUUUAGAACAAUGGUAAGUCUCAGUUUGUAAUCUUACUUUUAGUGGAGCAGUCCAGUCAAGUUUUAUGUUCAUCUAAAGAAGAGUAUCAUUGUUUCAUUAUCUUUUCUUUUCAGUACAUUUUUGUUUUACACUAUAACUAUUGUUGACUAUUCUCCAAGUUGUCUAUUUAGCCUGAUGAACUAUUAAACAUCAAACUAACUUCCA